AUUUCUGACUAAGUUAUUUACUAACUCGGCGAACAGCAAGUGAGGAAGUCUCGAAGUCUCGAAUGCCACCUCUAGAUUCACGCGUUAGGAUAACCAGCUUCCUAUCUUACUCGCUGGGACCUGUUGGUUAGGAAGGCCUCUAUCCAUCUCAUUCAGAUUUCAUGCACAACAAGAAUUUGUAGUUUUUGAACAAGAACAGUGUAGAUCAGUAAUACAUGCAAAACUAAAAAAAUCAAGCUAUUCUCUACGCAGUUUUGUUGAGCAUAGAUCCAGGCCUGGAAUAGGUCGAUCACAUAAUCGAAGCGGAAGUGACAUCAUUUACACUAGAGCCCUCGAUGAAAGGAUAAUUUAUGCAAUGCAAACAUUUUCUAUAGAACCAGUUGCCGACGGCGUUGUUGCGCAUACGUUUCCUGGCAUUCAAGCUCCGAUUCUAAAGCACCAAAGGAGCCUCACAUCUGUUUCAGAACAACGGCCAACAUGACGUCACAAAGUUACAUUCAUAGGCCCCACACCACCCCCCUGGAACACAGAACACUUUUCCAACUCCUUGACCAUCACGCCGCUAAAUGCCCAAAUAAGGAAGCACUCAUAUACAGAGACGAUAGCGGUAACAGAACAGCGCUCACAUUUAGAGAGUACAAAGACCAGUCCCAGGCUCUCGCAGCAGGACUACUAGAGAAGGGACUGAGGCGCGGCGAUAGAGUGCUUGUAUUGUUGUCGAAUAGCGUGGAGUUUGCCGUCAUUCUCCUCGCCCUAACAAGACUCGGGGCGGUGCCAUUAUUUGUAGAGCUUGACGUAGAUGACGCCAUUCUGGAAAUGCGGGGCCAGGUCAGCGGUGUUUUCUACACGGAGCAGGACAGUAAAGUCAUUACUGCGGUUACUGAGGUUCUUGAUUCCGAAAUAAAGAUUUUUCUUUGUAUUGGUAGCCAUGACAACAUGCCUAAUCACAAAAAGGUACACAGCUAUGACGCGCUCCUUCAGAGUUUCCAAGAUGAUGAUAUUACCCAGCUCCAUCAAGCGGAAACGGAAGUCCAAUUCGAUGAUCCUGCUCUUGUAAUCUUUACUUCCGGUAGCACAGGGAGACCAAAGCCUAUUUUGUAUACCCAUCAUGGCUUUGUCAAUGGUGCACUGUCCGUGGUUCACACCUUCAAAGCGACUCACGACACGAUUCAAUUCUGCGACGCACCAUUUGAUUGGAUCCCUGGAAUCGGUUUCAGCCUCGCUCUAGUGUCCAUUCUUGGCAUGACGCUUGUGGCAUUUCCACCUAAUCUGUCAAUCAAAGGUCAUGUGAUUGGAAUUAUGCUAAAGAUAAUCUCCGAGGAGAGGUGUACCCAUGCCAUUAUGCUCACGUAUGUGAUGUUGGACAUGGUACGAUACGAAGGUCUCCCACAGCUCGACCUAAGCCAACUAAAGGUUUGCAUCACGGGGGGGCAGCUGACAGACCAACACCUCAUGUCUAAGGUGUUCUCAGCCCUUCCUGAUUUGACAUCCAUCGUCAACUCGUACGGAUCCACCGAGACGUUUUUGCCCUCGGGACAGGUGGUCACGCGUCAUAAUAUCCAUUCCCUCGAUUACGGUGCUACGGAGGUGAACCCUGGAUUUGAGGUUAAGGUUGUGGACGACGAAGGACACGUUGUUCCCGUUGGAACUCCAGGAGAACUCCAUGUCAGAGGAGCAGGGAUACUACAAAGCGCCAACGGUGUAAGGAUGGAAGGCGUCGUAUACGAAGAAAAGACACCCACUGGAUGGUACCCCUCUAAAGAUUUGUCAAAGAUUACCAAUGAUGGAAGAGUACGCAUCCUCGGACGCAAAGACUGCCUUAUCAAAUCCGCAACGGAAUCAAUAUACCCACCAGAAGUGGAAUCAGUCCUUGGGAAGCACGAGAAAAUCGCCUCGAUAAUAGCCAUUGGCAUACCUGACCAGCGGCUAGGCGAAGUUGUGUGUGCAUGCGUUAUUAUCAAGCCUGGUUUCCAUGGAGACAAUAAGGCCGUUAUACAAGAGAUCGAUGAAUGGUGUGCCCCAAAAUUUUACGUGUCUUCCAACGGAAUGACCCCACAACCGAAGAAAUAUGUGAUUCUAGAGAACUUUCCAAAGACUCGAACGGGGAAGGUGGAUAGGAAGGCGCUCAAGAAUAUCGCAAUCCAAAAGCUUGGAUUAAUGAAGGAUUGUGGUGUAAACAUCUCGUGAUGCUGGAAGACACAGACCGCGUAACCCAUUUUUUUUUUUUGCUUCAUUCAUCUAUAUAAAAAGUAUUCCGUUUAACACUGAGUUGUUAUUAGUAUAAUCAUUAAUUGUUCAUCUCCUUUAGUACAUUAUUGACAUUAACAUCUAGAGAAAAACGCCAGUUGUAUCACACUCUCAAUUUAACAAAAGUGAUGCUUUCGUACGGACUUAUUAACCCUUUCUCAAAAGCAA